GCUACUUGUUCGUAUGGUUGAAUGAUACAGUGGCAUAUUUGUGAAAUGGAUUUUGUACUCUUCGUGCAACUGCAUUUCAUUUAGCUACGUUUUCAUUACAGUGAUGCAUAUUCAGUUUCACUAGUCGUUUGUAUUAGUUCAGAGCUUGCGUGUUAGAGAAAUUCAGACAUUGUUACGUAAAUCUCCAAUCCAACGCAACGUUAGAACCGGGAUUCGGCGUGUUUUGUGUGGGGUUUUAUUUUACGACGCUGUCAGUAUCAAAACUAUAUACCGCCGAUUGUUAGCAUAACAGACGAAUUGGAGAGGAUUUGGAAGGAAGCGAUCAUGGCAUAAUGGACUUCCUAUCCUGACAUUAGCCAAGAAGUACUGAGAAAAACUACGAAGCGCUUAGGAUAGCCUGUAUCCCAGCUGAAACUUGAACCUAGCACCUUCCGAAUACAUGUCUAGAGCUUUGCUGUAACAUUUGCAUGCAUGGUUGAUGAAAACAAGUCAAAGCUACGAAUCACCCUUGAGAAUGUAAAGACAGAAUAUGUCUGUACAUUAUAAGUUCAAAUCAGCACGUGAGUUUGAUACUGUAACAUUUGAUGGUCUUCACAUAUCCGUGCGGGACUUGAAGAAAGCAAUCCUUCAUCAGAAGCGGAUUGGAAAGAACACAGAUUUUGAUCUGCAGGUCACUAACGCACAAACUAAAGAAGUGUAUACAGAAGAUGGUGCUUUGAUCCCUAAAAAUACUUCAUUGAUUGUUGCUCGCAUUCCUCUGACAGCACAACAGAAGAAAGCAUGGGAUCGUGCAGAGUCUAAUCAACAGUUGGCUGGGCUUCCCAAAGGGGGUGAUUCAGCAGUUGAUGGACAAGAUCCAAGUGCUCACAGGCUAGCAAAGGCUGUUGAUUUAUCGAGCUUGGACGCAAGUGAAGAAGAUAAAAUACAGGCUAUGAUGACUCAGUCAACACAGGACUACAAUCCAGUGAAUUACAUGAAAAUACGAGGUGCUGGUCAGAUGGGAGAGGUCCCAACUUCUUAUCGCUGUUUCAAGUGUCAUCAGCCUGGUCAUUGGAUAAAAAACUGUCCUCUUGGUUUGAACCAGGAGCCAAUAGAAAUUAAGAAGAGUACUGGAAUUCCACGUAGUUUCAUGGUCCCAGUAGAGGGACCAGGUGUCCCGGGUGCAAUGAUGACCCCAACAGGACAGUUUGCUGUUCCAGCAAUUGAUCACCAAGCAUAUAAGGAAGGCAAGAAAGAGAGACCUCCGUUCCAGCAGGAGCCAGAACCAGUUGUUGAGAAACCUGAGAUUCCGGAAGAUCUUCUGUGCAGCGUGUGCAAGGACCUGCUUACUGACGCAGUCAUGAUCCCAUGCUGUGGGAACUCUUUCUGUGAUGAAUGUAUCCGCACGGUGCUGCUUGAAUCCGAGGAUCACGAGUGUCCAGAUUGCAAAGAGAAGGAUGUCUCACCUGAUACACUUAUACCAAACCGUUUUCUUCGUAACAACGUGAAUAAUUUCAAGAAUGAGACGGGCUACAACAAACGCAGCAUGAGACAGCCCCGAUGCUCGUCACACCCCACUCAUGGACAGCCCGUACAGGUUAUUGGGGCACCACCACCAAUGCAGCAGAUACCAUCUGAAUCUUCAGGAACGUUGUGUGAAUUCACUGAAGCUUCUGCAGGUGACAUGCAAGGAGUGAAGGUGGAAGUGAUUACAUCAACUGGUAUCGCUGUUCACCCACCACGUCUGCACCAUCCGGUGCCCAGUACAAUUCCUGUGUUGGGAUCAUCACACGUGGAACGUGGGCCUGUGAUUCGACAGCCUCUCCAGACACAACCACAGUCAGUGCCACCUGCAGCUGUGCCGUCAUCUUCGGGAUCUCAUGGACCUCCAGUGCAACAUGGAGGACCUCCGUUGCUGCUGCCAGAUGCUGGACAUGCGGCUGCACCAGUUCGCAUUCAGGAUCCCCAGAGAGGACCUCCUGUACGUCCACAGGGACAUCCACAUUUGCAACUUGUUCCUCAACCUCCAGGUGUUUCUGGGCCUCCUGUAGCCAUGCAAGGCAGUGGAGCCCCUCCUGGUGUUCCAGGAGUGCCUCUGUCUCUUGGGGUAAUGCCUCCAGGCCAUGAUAUGGCACCACUUCAGCCAUCACAAGGACAACAUCCGCCACCAGCAGCUCAGCAGCCCCAGCAUAUGCCUGGGAUACAUCCUGUACAGCCAUCAGGUCCACGGCGAUCAGUGGAGGAGCGUCCUGGCACGCCAACAAUUGAUGAACACAACCAGGAUGUGCAGUCGGCUCCUCUGCCAGAUACGUCUGUGCCACCACCCAACUUCCCCCCUGGCGAAGAGCCGCCGUUCACCGCUACAGCCGGACCUGCAGCCAUCCCACAACCAUCACAGCCAGCAGCACAACCUAUCGAGACGCUCGGGGCACGAUUCCAACACAGAAUGCCAGUCCCGCACUCAUACAGGGGUGAACAUCCCUAUGGACCAGUCAGGAACUUUGCCCCACGCGGUUCUCACUUUGAACAUGGUCACCUUUCCUACCAUCAUGACACAGGGCCACCACUGGGCCCCAGACCUACACACUAUGCAGAUCUGGACAGAGAUGGACACCUGGUACGAGGAUCAUUCCGGGGGUAUCACAGGGGUCGGGGAAGGAUAAUGCAUGGUGGGUAUCGUGGGACUCACAUUCAUCAUCAGCCUCUACCACCGGGACUUAGCCGAGGAAGUAUCCAUAAUGGGAACCAGGCAGGAACAAUAGAUGAUCCCUUGGAGGCAUUUGAGCGUAUGCUGAGGGAAAAGGAUGAACGUGAUCAUAAGUUGAGGCGUAGCAGGCGUUCUCGUUCACCCUUUUCAUACUCUCCGCGGUCUCGGUCACGUAGCUCAAGUUCACGUUCUUACACGCGUUCCCGGUCAAGGUCAAGAACAAGGUCGAGAACUCGGUCUAGAACGAGGACCCCAAGGUCUCGCACUCCAAGGUCCAGGACACCACGGAAGCGAUCCCGAACCCGAACAAGAACAAGAUCACGUUCCAGGUCCUUCACUAUUAGCAGGUCUCGGUCUCGUUCGUUUUCACGAUCACCUACACCCCGACCACAUUCCCCACGUAGUGGUAGAGAUUAUUCUCCAAGACGCAGGGUAUCUCCACGUUACCGUACUCCACCCAGAUCUCCUCCAAGCAGAUAUCAGCGUCCAUACAAAGAAGUGCGCCCAGAGUUUGAGCCUGCCCCGUAUUAUGAGCCCCCCGAAUUCCAGUAUACUGGUCGAGGGGGUGGUAGGGGACGUGGUGGUCGUUUUGGACAACGGAAGGACUAUGGUGCCGGUGGUGGAGGAGGAAAAGAUUAUUAUGAAGAGAGCUUCUCUGGCAGCAGGUAUGCUAUGCCACAUCAAGGCGGCCGUGACAUGCACCAUCGCCCUCUGGAGCCACUGCUUCCACAUCCACCAGGGGUGCCGCCCCAGAGUUUCCGUCGCUAUGACCAUUUUGAUGUUGCGCCACCAGGAACAGGUCCUGACAUCCCUGGCAUUGGCUCAUCGUAUGAGAAACCUCGCUAUGAACGCAGCAACUAUGAGAAUCGGUCAAUGCCUGCCGAGGAUUUCCUUACACCACCUGGUGUUGAUCACCGCUACAGGGACCGUGAUAGGGACGUUCCUGGGAGCAGGGAUAGAGAUAUUGGGCCACCAGGUGUUAGGGACAGAGACAUUGGCCCCCCAGGCAUCAGGGAUAGGGAUGUGGGAAUCAGAGAUCGUGACAUGGGAAUGCCAAGUAUGCGUGAUAGGGACAGGGACAUUGCACCUCCAGGAGUCAGGGACAGAGACCUUGGUCUCCCCUUAUGGGACAGUAGAGACAGAGGAAGCAGGGAUGAUCUGCCUUCAGGCAGGGACCGUGAUAUUAGCUUGUCAGAGAGAUCAAGAGACAAAGAUAGGGAUAGGGAUCGAGACAUAAGAGAGAGGGAUGGAGAUAGAGACCGUGACAGAGGCAGGGGAGAUUAUUAUGAGAGUGAUCACCGGCGCUCAUAUGACAAGGGCUAUGGCACUUACAAUUCACCAGAUGCGAAGAAGCGGAAGCAGUCUCUAUCACCAGGACAGGGCCGGCAUGAGCGGUAUUCAAGCAGCGAGCGCCACCACCGGCGGGGCGGUGAGAGACGCAAAAACUCAGGUACUGUUCAGAUGUCACAGGGAGGCAAGGAGAACCGGCAUGUCAGCCAGCAGCAGCCCGUAGAGACCGUGGUAGACGCAGCAGGCGGUCAGCGGGAUCGAGACAAGGACACCCAGAAGCGAGAGAGAGUGCUGGUUGAGGUUCGUAAAGAGCCAUCAGUGGAUCGUCUGAAGAAGGAUGAUAAAGGAAAGAAAGAGGAGGAUGGCAAGAAAGGUAAGGAUAAGAAGAAGAAGAAAAAGGAGAAGGAACCAGAUGGAGAAAAGUUGAAAAAGAAACGACGCAAAGAGAAGAAAGAGGGUAAGAAGGAAGGACAAGAAACUCAGGAGAGGAUGAAGGUUGUGGUGAAAGGAACAGAGAGAAAGCCACACCACAGAGAGAAGGAAGGUGAAGAGAAAACAGAAACAGAAGAGGAUAAAAUGAAGGAGAAGCCAACUUUAAUAUGUGCAUCCAUUCAGCAGGAGAAGAAAGUGCUGGCUCUUACAUCUGGCACCGUUGUGGAGAAAGUAAAGGGUACCACCCUCAGGACUUUUGACGCCCCUCCCACCGAGAGCAUAGUUGAUGGGUUGUAUGGAGACAUGGAGGACACACGCAUUGAUGACAAUGUGAUUGCCAACUAUGGAAAAGUAAUAGUUGAUGAGGCACAAGAAAGGAAGGUUGAAUCGGACACUGGUGACAAAGGAGGAGAAGGAAGCCAGGAAUUGGGCGAGGGUGUUGAAGUUAGGGUUAAAACUGAAGGUGGUUCAGACUCUGAGGCUGCCAUCAAGCCUGUGGCCCCAGAUACAGUGAAGGCGAAUGUAAUGUUGGCACCAUUGCCAGAGCCAUCAAAGUGGGAACUAGAAGAAGAGUUCACACCUGGAUCUUCAUUUGAGAAGAAAGAGUGUGAGGAUGGUGCUGGUGGGGGCUCACAGGCAGACAAGGCUGCAGGGAAGGUUGUCACAUCAGAGGUCCUCAAGCGGGCAGAGAAUGCCAUCUUCCAGAAAGCUAUUAAUGCUAUACGUCCAAUUGAACCUCCCAAGAAAGUAUCUAGUGACAGGAAGGUAUACACAAGCUCAGAAAAGAGGGUGCCCGGUGAAGUAGUAGUACCAGAGACUGUUGAAACUCGUAAAGUUCCUGAGAAAGACACCCGUGAAGCAAGAAAGACUGUGAACUCAAUACAGAUCACAAUACCUACAGGUGGGCAUGUAGAGAGAUCUGUGGAGAUUGCUUCACUGGAGUCUAGUUCACAACCAGUUGCCAAAGGUAAAGGGAAAUUGGACAGGUCAAAGUUCAGUACCAGUAGCAGUGGCCAGUGGGCUGAUGGUACUGACAGCACCUCUCCACACCGGGUGUCAGCCAAGGAAAGGUUGGGAGCUCGAGUCGACGGUGACGGAGACAGGAAGAAAGAUGACAAAGAGAGCAAAAGGCACCACAGUCGAAGUGAGAGCAGAGAACGAAAGCAUUCUGCUGCCAAGAAGGGACUGAAAAGUGCUGUCGAGAAGAAACGGACUGUCUCCAGGUCGCGGUCCAGGUCUCCGUACCACAGGAAGCCAGGUGACAGGAAGGAAAGCAAGUAUGGAGAGGAGACAAGACGGUAUGAGAUGGCUGGAGACAGGAGGUAUGCAUUGGGAGACUCAAGGAGCAAGCGAGGUGAUCGCGAAGGGCGGUAUGUUGAAAUGGACAGGGAGAGGAGACCUUUAGAACGUGGUGGAGGUGACUGUCGCAGAAGGGAGCAUAGUGAGAGCAAGAAAUGGGAGGAGUUAAGGGAGAAAAGGGAGCACAUUAGGAGUCCAGAGAGGAAGAGGGAAAGGAGUGGUAGCCAUGAAAAUAAAGUUGAGAAGAUGAGGCCCAAACCAAAGGAGGAGAGAGAGAAGUCUGUAGACAGAGGAAAAGCAAGACACAAAGCAAAGAAGAAGACAAAGAGCAGAAGAUCAGAGAGUACAAGUCGCAAGAAGUCUGUUUCUGAUAGAGAAUCAAAACGAGGUAAGAAGAAAGAUAAGAAGCAUAAGAAGGAGAAAGGAAAGAAACACAAGCAGAGAGAUGAAAAGAAAGAAAAUGAAAGUGGUAAGGAAAAGGAAGAGGAGAGUGAAGCAGUGAAGGAAGUGAAAGCAGGUACAUCCAGUGAUGCAGCAGCAUCUGCGGCAUGUGACGGGAAUGGGAAGGUUGUGGCAAUAUCAGAAACUGCAGAUCAGAGCAAAGACAAGCCCAGGAAAGGUAGCAGGAGAAAUCCACGUCUUGCAAGUGAUCGUAAAAAGUCUACUUUGGAUGAAGCAAGUUUUGAGCCAGACUAUGAUGCCUCCUCCUCUGUUGACACAGAUGUCGAUGAUGGAGGUGAUAAUGAGAAGAAACUGGAUGGAUCAGGUGAUAAGAAAUCAGAAUCAAAUGUGUCACCAGGGAAGAAGCGUGACCGGUCUGCAAGCAUUGAUCCUGCAGCUGCAGAACAGAAGAGGCAGAAGCUAGAUAAAGAGUCUGAAAAAUCAGAAAAAUUAGCAGCAGAUGAGACCGCUAAGAAAAUAGGUAGCAAGGCCAGUUCCACAAAGGCUGGUUCGUUAAAGAAACGUGACAGAUCAUUAAGCAGCUCAGACAGCUCUGAUGAUGAUUCUUCAGAUGAUGACGACGAUGAUAGCAGCUCUGGAAGUUCUAGUAGUUCAGAUGAUUCUUCUGAUGACUCUUCAGUGCACAGAAGACGGAAGAAGAAAUCGCAUCAUCGACGACAUGGCAAGCGAAGCAAGAAGUCCUCACGACGGAUGUCAAAUUCAAGCAGUGACACUGAUUCAGAAUCUGAGUCUGCAUCAAGUAGCGACUCAGAUGAAGGCAGAGGAAGGAAAGGAGGAAGAAGUAGCAGGAAACACCAGCACCGAAACAAAGUCAGCAAAAAGAAGAAGAAAUCAUCAAAACAUCGAUGAAUAGAAACUUUGCACUAGUCAUUGUCUUAGCAUAAGAAGGUGUUAUGCUAGAACAUAACAGGAUGAGGACACACAUUGUACAAAUCCAUAUGCCAUUCAGUGUUUAGUUCCUUAUCCUUUGAGCAGGGGACUGUGACAUUAGUUUCAGGAAUGCCGUGGGCUUGGUGAAUGACAGUGAAGACUUUGAAGUAUGUGGAGCAAAGUGUCAAGAUUUAUGUUCUCCAGUUCAUAGUGAGAUUAUACUAAAACUAAUUUGGAAACAGUUUUGAUAAUGUAACCAUUCGUAAGUAUAUGUCUGUUAAAUGUGAAUUUGAAGUAAGACUCUUGUGGCUGCAAUAUUCCAGUCUCAUGACAUGUCUGAAGAUACAUUUGUUUAAACAAUAGUGUAUCAGGGAUUUUCAUUUACAUAUUAGUUGUUGCUUUGUGUUUUCUAAGGUAGCAAUGUCCACAAUGAAGCUAAUGAGUCUAUCGUAAUCUGCUCCUUGCUUUCAUCAUUUCAGACUUAAUUUUACAAACACAUACACUCUUCCUGCAUAAUAAUAUACACUUCACUAAUAGAAAAAGACAAAUUCAUACUGUGAACCAAAUAAAAUUUACUUUUUUUUCAGUUGUCAAUAUGUAAAUAAUUGGUCACAAUAAAUUCGGAUACAUUGUUAUACAUAAA